AUGUCCCCCGGAACAGAUCUAGGCAACGCGUACCUUGCCGUGAAUUCUACACUGGAUCACAACCGACUCUGCGCCCUAGAUGUCUUAGGACAAGAGGACAAACUAUCUACCCACCAGAGCGACGUCCACGAAGAAUUUAAGGAGCAACUGGCUAGAAGUCCAGACGGCCGAUACGAAACUGGACUACCCUGGAAAGGGAACUUUCCUGAGUUGCCAAAUAAUUGUGCGGGCAGUGUGCGCAGAGUGAACUCUCUUUUACGGAAAUUAAAGAGAACUGAUAUGCCAGACCAGUACGACGACAUUAUUCGGGAACAGUUAGAGGAAGGUGUGGUUGAGAAGGCACCAGCGAAGGUAAUAGGCAAAGAAUUCUACAUGCCACACCGAGCAGUAAUACGCGAGAAUGCCGAAUCAACUAAGCUACGAGUGGCAUAUGACGCCUCGGCCCGUGCGUAUGACGGUGCGCCUUCUUUGAAUGAGUGUUUACACACUGGCCCCCGACUACAGAAUGAGCUAUGGAAUGUUAUUGUCCGCAACAGAUUCCAUCCUAUUGCAGCUGCCGGAGAUAUGCGCAAGGCCUUCCUACAGAUACGUGUUAAGGAAGCUGAACAUGACGCAUUGAGGUUCCACUGGAUUAAAGACAAAUCGACCGAAGAACUAGAAGUGCUUAGGUUUACGAGAGUGGUGUCCUUCCCCUUUCCUACUCAAUGCCGUGAUACAACAACACCUGGAAAGUGUGCAGUCCGAGUACCUAGGGACUGUACAAGAAAUUAA